AUGGAUCGCAUUCGUUGGAGUGAGAAGUCGAUGCCAUUCGGAAGUAUUGUGAACAAUCCGAAUAUAACAAAACCUGUGCUUGUGCUUAUUGGUAAUAAGCCUAUUGUGGUAGGAGAAAAAAUCAGUGGUGAAUUUAUAACGGCAUCACCAUGUAAAGUAUCUGGUGAUCGAUUUGAUGUGUUAGAACAAGAAAUUGUUUUAUCAAGCAAACAUACAGGUCUAUGGAGAGUAAUAUCAAGAGCAACAACUCAAAAAGAAGGUCAUAUUCAUCGUUUAACGACGAAAGACAUUGAAAGCGUUCACAAACAAGAUAGUCUCAAUAAACGUGACACUCCUCGUUCAUAUAUUUCUAUACGAGAGAUUGAAGCAUUUGAAUUGAUUGCUCGUAGUAACAGCGCAGCUGUUGCUAGCGGCAAGCAAAUAGAGCGACGUUUGAAACCAAUUGAAGAGAAUGUUGAAUUUGAAAUUACUGAUGCCACUGAAGUUGAAUAUACGCCAUCCGAAGGCGAACGUACAUCACAAGAUUAUGUAACUCAACCGAAAACUAAACAGCCACUACUUCUAUCACUUCUUCUACCCGGUGUUGUUGAACAUGAACAAGUGAUACGUAAUCGUGUUUUGCGAGCACUCCAUUGUGUCACUAAAGGUGAAACUCGUAAACGGCACUUUCUUGUUGAAAUUAAUGAACUACCGUGUGAAAUUCGUCCGGUUGCAUCAGAAGGAUCAGCUGAACUACGUUAUAUUCAUUCGACACAAAAUCUAUUUGAUUAUAUAUUAAAUCAUGGAAAUGAUACAAUACUUUAUGUUAAAUUACUUCGAGGCGAUCCACCAAUGAAAGCCGUUGAAUUCGAUGGCUAUAUGGUUUUAAAAAGUAUAAUAAGCGGUGAUAAAAUACCUAUAUGUCGUGUUGAAGAUCUUGAAAUAACACUUGUUAAUCCUGAUCUUCCUGUCAAAGUUCGAUUACCACCAAGAGGCGAAUAUUCAUGGCAUGACUUGCCCGAAGUUCGUGCAGCUGAAGUUCAAUGUGUGCAAUUAUCGCUUGCUUUAUUUGCUCGACAUGAAUCUGAAAUGUAUAUUGCAACAGAAAGACAAAAAAGUAGAAAACAAAGUUAUUCAGAGCCCACCUAUAAUCAAACAUUAAGAACAAGUAAUUCUCAUAAAUCCUUCAACGCAGUGAAAAAACAUCGUGAAGAAUGUGAAAAAGUUUUUGGGAAUAAUAAUAGUAGUAGUAGUAGUAGCUAUGGUACAAAAACAAGAACGUCAGCUAAAGACGAUAGAUAUACACAACAAGCACCAAUUAGCAAUCAAACGCUUUUCAAUGGAAUGGUUCAUAGAUAUGAUGCUGUACAGCCGCGUGAAUGUUCAUCUGCUCAAAACAAAACACAUUCAGUGUUGCCAUAUCAUGAUCGUGGUAAAUACAGUCGAACAGGUACUGAACACGAAAAAUUAGAUAAACGCUACGACGAGCAAGAUUCAUAUGAUCAUAUUCAACGUACGACCAUAGAAGAAAAUCCAAUACAUGCUAAGUCAAACAAAAAUAAAAGCAGAACCUCUGCGAAUGCUAAGGAAGAAAAAAUUUCCGUUUAUAAUAAGCACCAAUAA